GCCGUCUGCGCGGAUCUGACCCAGUGUGUGUAUGUGUGAGUGUGUUUGAAUGAGUGUGUAUGCCGGCAGCUGCUGGCAGAGGUGACAUGCAUCUGUUUCAUUCGUUUGGAAUAAAUGAAAAGCUUCAAAAUCCGGAUAUUUACAUGAACCAGCAAUGCCCUGUGUACAAACCCAGUAUGCAUCCCUGCCCCAUGACACCUACUUCAGCUCUGAGUUCUUGAAUCCUGACCUCAGUGCCAAACUGGUGAUGGACAUCAGUGGCCAAAAUGACCAGCUGUCUACAUCUUCAUUGCCCAGCAUCAACACCUUGGUGGGAAAUGGCUACAUGGGAGAGUUUGAUGCUUAUUCCUGCAAGAUUACCACCUCUCCUCCGGCCUCUACGGUUUCAUUCAGCCAUGCUGCGGUAGCCGAAAGCUCUCAGAUGCAGAACCAAGCCUUCAAGCUGGAUGACCUCCAGGUGUAUGGCUGUUACCCGGGCUCCUUCGCGCUCAGCUGCCUUGAUGAGACGCUGUCGUCAUGUGGCUCUGACUACUAUGGCAGCCCAGUGUAUGCCACUGCUUCUCCACCAACGCCAGGCUUUCAGGCCCAGCCUGCACCUGUGUGGGAUUCCCCUUUCAGCCCUUACACCUCAGCCCCCCCACCAUCUGUGGCCGAUAAAGCCGCUAUGGCACAGCAGCUCUCUUUUUUCACCUUCAGCCCCACACCGGAGCAGCACUCUCCCCUGGGGCAGCAUCAGGAUGCUCAGCCAGGCCAGGACGACCCUUUCUUCCUGUCUCCUCAGCAGCACGUCUCUUCACUUCACUGUCCCCCCAUGUCCCUGGAGCAAGGGCCUCUGGAGAGCCCCAGGAUAGUGGAUGGGGCUAUGACGUCUCCUAAAACCCACAAUCCGGGAUCCAGUGAGGGUCGCUGUGCAGUUUGUGGUGACAACGCAUCCUGCCAGCACUAUGGAGUCCGCACCUGUGAGGGCUGCAAAGGUUUCUUCAAGCGAACUGUACAGAAAAAUGCAAAGUAUGUGUGCCUCGCCAAUAAAGACUGUCCAGUGGACAAGAGGAGGAGAAACCGGUGCCAGUUCUGUCGUUUCCAGAAAUGUCUUGCAGUGGGAAUGGUCAAAGAAGUUGUACGCACAGACAGCCUCAAAGGUCGGCGCGGCCGUCUGCCCUCCAAACCCAAGACUGUGGCCGAAGCCUCGUCCACAACCCCCAGCGUCAACAUCAUAGCCUCUCUUGUCAGGGCGCAUUUAGACUCAAACCCAACAAUUGAAAAGCUUGACUACUCCAAGUAUCAGGAGACGGUGGACAACCUGUCAGAGAAGGAGGAUGUUGGUGAUAUUCAGCAGUUCUAUGACCUGCUGACUGGCUCUUUAGACGUGAUAAAAAUCUGGGCCGAAGCCAUCCCAGGAUUCACAGACUUCUGCACAGAGGACCAGGAGCUGCUCCUUGAAUCUGCCUUCGUUGAGCUCUUCAUCCUCCGACUGGCGUACAGGUCAAAUCCAGAGAAGAGCAAGCUGAUCUUCUGCAACGGCGUAGUCCUCCACCGAAAGCAGUGUGUUCGCAGUUUUGGUGACUGGAUUGACUCCAUUAUGGAUUUCUCUCAGAGCCUUCACCGCAUGAAGUUAGACAUCUCCUUGUUUGCCUGCCUUGCAGCGCUCGUCAUCAUCACCGAUCGCCACGGCCUCAAAGAGCCCAAACGUGUCGAGGACUUCCAGAGCCACCUCAUCACUUGUUUAAGGGAACAUGUGAGUGGAAACAGAUCAGAACCAAGCCGGACCCAGCCCAGCUAUCUUUCUCGUCUUCUGGGUAAACUCCCCGAACUGAGGACUCUCUGCACACAAGGCCUACAACGUAUCUUCUACCUGAAACUGGAGGACCUGGUCCCCCCUCCACCGAUUGUGGAGAAAAUCUUUAUGGAUACCCUCCCAUUCUGAAAAGAAAUGAACACAAAUGUGUUAUUGUAAAAAUGAUAGACACAAAAGGAGGUGGAAAGCACCUAACGUGAGGUUUUCAUCGUUGAACUCUACUGCUGAACUUGUCUGCCUCACCUCCUCCUUCUAUCACAUGACCUGCGUGCUGACAAAUGUCUGACUGUUCAAAAGACCAGCUGACCAUUAUUUUUCUAACAUUAAGUUUAAAAAUGGAAUAUGGUACCUAAAUGGAAUAUGGUACCAUAAAGAUUCACUUCAGCUCAUUGAAAUUUGUCAUAGACAAAGCUGAAGUGGUAUUAAAAGUUCAGGACAUAGUUUAUAUAUAUUUUUUGUGUGCAUUUGUAAAAUGACUUUAUUGCUGUGCUAGAUGUGUGAAUGUUGUCCUGCUAUGCAACUGAAAAGACACAGAACGUUGGCUAGAUCCGACGCAGUGUUACAUACUCAGCUAAAAUGAAAGAAACACACUAAUCUCUUAAAAAGCACAUUCAAAAUUGCUUUUUGAUCCCACUAAGAAGCUGAGAUGGUAGAAUAAUUAGUACGCGAUGACAGACAGCCUCACCUUUCCUGUUUGUUCAAAAGAACUGUGGAAUCAUAGUUUUCAAAAGGGAAAUAUUUACUGAUUUCUUUAUAUCACAAAAUGAUAGUUGUAGUCCUAAUCGUGCUCCUGUGGAAGGUCUUGGACCAAAUUUUACUCUUGAUUUUGAUACUAUCACUUACAAACCUUAUUGCCUUAAGCUAAACAAAAUGUUCUGCCAUAACUCUUGUGCUGCCAUUUUCAACACCUUAAAAAAAACUGAUUCUGGCAGCGUUUCUGUUGACACAACUUCUAAGAACAAAAAGAGACUUGCUGAAUGAAAAGUGAAAUGAAGUGAAAGUGCCUUUUAUCAAACCUCAAUCCUUGAACCAUAUUAAGUGACACUAAGUGAAUUUUCAUUCCAAAUAUCACGUACAGCGAGCCCAAUUUCUUACAGACAUGAGGAAAAAAAAAAUCAAAUUCACUGUCACCAUGAUUUCAGGUCUGUGCCAGCUUUUGAUAUGAAGUGCCUGAGGCAUGCGAGUGUCAGUACAGUUUGACAAAGAGCACACAAUACUUGGACACACACUUCAUACGGCUAAACUGAAAGGGCAUCAAGUGAUGACAGGUGGCCUGUUCACAUGUUACUGAGGCAGGGAAAUUAAUACCUGCAGUACGGCCGUCCCGUUUAAGGUUAAAUUAAGUCAAAACAGAUUUCAGAGUCUCCUUGUAUCCACAAUUAGAUGCUACAGUCUAUACCCAUUCAACAAUUUGCAUGAAAAAUCCCAAAAUGCUUGAAAAGUCACACGCAUAAGCAGACAUUUCAUGUUUGACAUGCACUCAUUUCUCGCCUUCGGCUGUUACAUAUUCAAAUACAUCACCCUUCAUGCGUUUUGAAGCUGUGUGCUUGUAAAAGACUCUGCUACUGUCUUCCACAUUCUUCUGAACUGUGCAGUUUUUUAUAUGUGAUUUUUUUCUUUUUUUUGUAUUUUCAUCUCAAAAUGAACUACAGAAAUAUCUUAAGAAAUCACAGUGGGAUGUGAUGACAAGAUGAGCAGCUAAGAGCACUUCAGACAGUGUUCAAACCGUAUGAGGAAUCCUUCUUUCUCCUAGUGUACGCGUUUUGUUUGGGACGUCUGUGUGGACUUUGAACAUACCGCCAGGGCUUUCGUAACAUGGUGCAGAAGUAUUCAAAGACAGAGAAUAUUUGAUAAUAAAUUUUUUGAAAAUA